CAUUCCGAAGCGCUUGGUGGUGCGCCUAGCGAGAGACAGCAGCGGCGCGUCUCGGAGCGCGCUCGGCGUUGUCGCCUGACGUUAGGACCGUCGAGUCGCGCUUUGCAGCUCGCGCAGGUUGAGACGGCACACAGCCGGCCAAGGAGCUCGCUCGCAGUUGACGAGCCGCCGCUGCGACAGCAAACGAACGAGAGCUGUGGCCGUCGCCGGUCUGCCCGUGAACUUCGGCGUUCACGGACUGCUUGCGCGGGUCUAUCGUGCGGCGGCAGUAGCGGGCAGCCGGCGCCUGUGGCCGUGUGCCGUCGCAGGCCUGGGUAACCUCCUGACGAGCGUCCGCUGGCAGAGCGACGACGGCCGUCGUAGCGGCGACGACGAGGCCAUGUCGUCGUCGUCGACCAAGCCCAAGCGCUACUUUGUCAACACGCUGCCCGACUACGACGGAGCACCGAUCCCGCUCGAGCGGGAACUGUGGGUCGAGCGCUGCCGCGACACGGUGCAGCGCGUAUUCACGCACCAGGGCACGGGGUUCGAUGACUGCGACGGCGGCCUGUACGUCGGAGUCGCCGGCGUCGCCUUCAUGGCGCACCGCGUGGCGCAGAGCCCGCACUUUGCGGGCGACCGCGCGCGCCUGCUGACCAAAGCGCAGACCUACCUGGGCCACGCACUCAGCUACUGCGACCAGCCACAGGUGCGCGCGGACCGCGCCAUGCAGUCGGCUUUCCUGCUGGGCAGCGCCGGCGUCUGGGCGCUCGCCGCCGUGGUCGCCAACGAAGUGGGACGCAACGACGACUGCGACAACUUCUUGGCGAGGUAUGCAGCCGUAGCUGACAUCUGCGUGCCAGUCAAGUUCCUGGACUGUGGCAGCGAUGAGAUGUUCGUCGGACGAGCUGGUUACCUGACGGGACUGCUCUACCUACGCUCCAGACUCGGACGAGAGGAACCAUCAGCAGGAAAACACCGCUCCAGAACAGUGGUGGAGGCCACCACCGAAAGCUUGCCGAGACAACCUUACGGGAACAGCCGCCACAGCCCUUUGCCAACGGCCUCCAACGGAACAACAGGCACCAAAAAUAAGAGAACAAUGGUUCGAAGCCUGCCGACAGAGAACAGUGAAAGCCUGAAAAGUCUGAAGGUGCUGCCUGAUGAGAAGAUUGCACUGCUGCUCCAUUCCGUGGUGCAGUCCGGCAGGGAGUAUGCCAAGAAACACCGCAGCCCUUGCCCGCUCAUGUAUGCCUACUACGACGUGGAGUAUUUGGGUGCAGCGCAUGGCCUGUCAUCGAUACUGAUGACGCUGCUCCACUUCCCAUGGUUUGUUGCGGGUGACCAGACGGUGGAGCGCGACAUCCGAGCCUCGGUCGACUUCCUGCUGCACGUGCAGACACCGCGAGGCAACUUUCCGUGCGACUUAGAGGACGUCACUAAGCCACGUCGUUCCCAGGACGAGCUCAUACACUGGUGCCACGGUGCCCCAGGUGUGAUGCAACUAAUGGCCAAGGCAUACCUGACGUGGCAAGACCCACGCUACCUGGAGUCGUGCCUGCGUUCGGGCCAGAUGAUCUGGGAGCGCGGCCUCCUGCGCAAGGGCCCUGGCAUCUGCCACGGCAUUGGCGGCAGUGGCUAUGCCUUCCUGCUGCUCUACCGACUCACGACCGAGCUGCGCUGGCUGCACCGGGCGCGCCAGUUUGCCGAGUUUAUGUUCACCGACGAGUUCAAGCAGGCUCGCACGCCAGACUGCCCCUACAGCCUCUUCGAAGGGCUUGCCGGAACGGCAUGCUUCCUGGCCGAUCUGCUGGAACCACGCAGCGCCACUUUCCCGCUGAUCGACCCGUUCUAAGGGGCACUUGGUCGAUGUAUUUUGCAAGGCCAUGCCUAGGGUGUGUCUACACCGUCGUCUGCAGUGUCUGCUGGUUGAUUAGUGGGUGCCGAAGUGCAGAAGGGCAGCAUGGGGUAAGGGAAGUCAGAAUGGAAAUUGCCAACAAGCACAGGGUGAUAGGAAGGCACUGAGAAGCAAGUAUGGGAUGCAAGAAAAAGGGGCAGCCCGACAACUGUAGCGAACUGAGCAAUUGUGUUAGUCAGCAAAUAUGUCUGCCGUAGCAACAUCAAGGAUCAAACAGGACACGUAAGGGAAAGAAUCAUAAGUGUAGCUUAGCAUUCUUUUGAACGGUAGAAGAAAGAAUGCAAUGCACAAAAAAAGAAACAGGAUACAUGGGAGUUCGACUCACGUGUUAUGUCUCUUUCACUUGGUUAGAGGAAUCUUAGGCACACCGUACACAAACUUUCUCAACAUAUGCUUUCUUGAGAUUAGUGUGGUGUCGCUAUCGACUCGACGUAGCUGUAAGCCGGCAGUGUUGCCUGUUUUGGAGUAUGCAACGCACUUUCGUUGUAAUCACUGCACUCUGACGAGCUUCAACAGUGUGUGCAGAGCCCUGCCUUCUUGUUUGCUUGUAGAAAUUGACUUUAAUCAUAGCUGUGCUAGCUUUGAAGGGAGCCAAAUGCUGGUCUUCACAUUUUGUCUAUCUACUCAUUUGAGAAUGGGAUGCUAAUAAGUAGGGCCACUUAGUUGAUUAUCCAGAUAGUAUUGCUACUGACCAAAAUGGCCAUGAUAACGUUUUAUUGCUGGUCGUUAUCCUUAACUGUAGUACUUUCGCAUUGCCUUCAUGUCACAUUUUUAGAAUUGUUACAGCAAACCAUGCAGUCCUGCGAGGUCGUCGAGCGUGCUAGGAGAAUGCACAGAUUAUAGGAAACUGCGCCUUAUGUGCUAUUGCAAUCACAAUGAGAACGGGGGGAAAAAAAGAAAGAAAAGCAAUUUCGUGUAGCACUUAGUGUGCUUUGUUAAACUUCCAGCUCAUUUUUAAUUGCAAUUCAUGACUUGUGCUCUUGAAAUACAUCUAGCAGAUGUCCACAUUGUCGAGGCUCACUUUUAGAUGCAACAUUCGUCUCUUUGAGCUUUGUUCUUGGUAAGCACAACUCGAAUAACUUGAAUAGUUGGCUUUAUUUCAGCAACAUGAAGCCACAGGGUUUGUCUUCAAAUGUAAGCAUAUGAGAGUGAGUCGUGAAAUUGUCAUUCCAAGUAAAACAAUCCCCAUAAACACAGGGUGUUACGCAUUUAGCCGAAUACAUCCUUAUUUGAUGCCCCAAGUGCAAUGUUCUUGAAAGUAAUGAACAUCUUGCAUAAGCACAGUUGUUUUAUGGGCCACUCUAUUCUACAACGGAGAACAAGAACUUGUCGCAUGGUCAGUUUCUUUAAAUAGAUGUUAGUUGGCACAGUUAGUGCUUCGUAUUGAUUGCAGUUGAUAUAGUAUACCGAUUUAUUACUGAUUACCAACAUAGUGGCCAUAUUUCAGCUUUUUAACAACGCAUUGAAACGCCGUCCCUCUCACCGUUUGCACUGAACUAAGCCUUCCUCUUUCACGUCGUUUUCAAUUCUUUUGCAGAAUAUGUGGCAUGUGCAAGCACUAGUUCCAACUAAUGUUUAAUGCAUUGGACUAUGUAAUGUAUAGUUAUUUAUAGAUGGUGACGUUAUCAGGAAGCAAAACGAAAACUGGUUGUAAAUACAAAAACAGGUGACAACCCUUUGCUAACAAAAAUAGAAGCGCCGACAUACUGAACAAACAGUGCAGACAGGAAGACUACACGAAGGUGACAACACAGACGCUGGCUAUCAACUGGUGGUCUAUUCUUUAGGAACAACCGCCAGUUCAGAGUCCAUGCCCGCGUUUUUGUCUUCCUGUGGUCCUGUUGUCGACACUGUUUGUUUAUUCUGCUGACAUUAAACAGACUAGUCCAACUUAUCACUCUUGUACAAUAAAAGCAAAGCCAUGUGUCGCUA